AUGUUUGAGCUCCCGGACGCAAAGAGGGUCCGGAGGCAAGACCUGCAGUCUGACUCGGAAGACGAGGCGCCGGUCCGCGACGACGAGCAGGAUGCGGAGCUGCUGGCGAAGCUGCACGCUCGCAUGGCGGGCAUGAUCGACCUGGGCAGCCUCGAACAACCUGCGCCGACGCCGAAGAAGAACGCCGCCGAAAAGACGACGGAAGAAGAGGACGCCGCGAUGGGAGACGCCGUAGCAGACGAACCGGCCGAGCCCGAGGAGUUCGAGUUCCGCCUGUUCUCCACCGCGCCGGCGACCAAGAUCGCGCUGGUCGACGAGGACGAGCGCGCGAUGGAGGGCGACGGCGACAUGGUCCGCAAGAGGCCGCUGUCGUACUACGUCGCGGAAGAGGCGUCGGCGGCGGCGAGGGAGCAGUUCGCGGCCGCGGCGGUGUCGGGGGAGGACGUGCUGGAGCGGGCGAAGCAGAGGUGGUGGGGGAUGGAGAUGCCGUGGCGCGUGACGACGAUCCCCGGCAAGACGAAAAAGGCAGAAAGAGGGGGCGAGGACGAGGAGACGGCGCGGAGGAGGCGGCCGGGGAAAAAGAAGAGGAUCGCGCUCAGGAUGAAGGAGCGGGAGAAAAAGAAGAAGGCCGAGGAGGCGGCGCAGGCGAAGAUGGGCAAGGAGGAGGCGCUCAAGGAGAAGAAGAAGAGGCUGAACAGGGCGAAGAAGUUGAGGAAGCGGGCCAAGGCGAAGGAGGCCAAGGCUGCGGGCGGUGGUGGUGAUGAGGCAGAUGAAUCUGGGGGUUCUUCUGACAGCGGCGAUGAGUAG